CCUAGAAACUCCCACCUCCUCCUGCUGUGUCUGCGAUGUAGCUGAUGAAUUUUAAACACUCACCGCCACCAUAUUGGAACUAGAAUACUGAAAACACGGACAUUGCAAUAACAGCUUUAGAUGAUAACUCGAUUUAUUAUUUCCUUCAUGGUCACCGGAAUCCCCCCUUUUUGGACCGGUCCAUGUUUAUGGGCUUUGAGGUAAAUAGUAAACUCGCAGUUUGUGAACUAUCUUGUAGCGAAUAUUUAACUAGUCCGAUAACUAAAGCAACAGAGCGCUUAUUUAUUUAUAUAUACACAUGUAUAUAUAUAUAUAAAACUUAGACGAACAUUUUUAUGUGGAUACUUUUUUGCUCAGUCUAGUAACACAGGGUUUGAGAAAUAGCUAAGCUAAGCUAAUCCUGCGCGCGCGCGCUACUUCGAGUCAAGUUAGCACAAUAAAAAAAACAACCACGCAGCUAGCCGGUUAGCUAAUCAAUGCAUGUAAUGGUUAGUGGACUAGAGACAUGAUUUAUUAGGAACCGCUGCCGCCAGUCCGCGUUUGCUUUAGCCUUUUCUAGCUACGUCUACGCACUCGGGGUGGAGAACAUAACGUUAUAACUAGCUUAGCUUAGCUUAGCAAACAGGAAGAACCUGUCGUUUCCAUGGACAACACGUCCAUCAUAACGCAAGUUACAAAUCCAAAAGAGGAGGAGAGCCUAUCGUCAAAUCCUGAAAAAGUUUCGCUGUCCAGCAGCAGCUUGAAGAAGAAAACUCACCGCAGUUUAUUCAGCUCCUUCUUCUGCUGCCUGCGGAGUUAUGAAGCCGAUCCUCCCGCCAGCACCAACAACAACACCAGCAGCUCUCUGCCUCCGCCGGUGGAGGAGAACGGAGCGCCACCGAAGUGUGAGCAGGCUGAGGUCAUCCCUGUGCCCGGUCCUCCAGAGAAAUACCUCCUCCCCGAGGUCAACAUCAACGACUACGGAAAGAAGUGUGUGGUGAUAGAUCUGGACGAGACUCUGGUGCACAGUUCCUUUAAGCCUAUUAGUAAUGCUGAUUUCAUCGUUCCUGUGGAGAUCGACGGCACGGUGCAUCAGGUGUACGUCCUGAAGCGACCGCACGUGGACGAGUUCCUGCAGAAGAUGGGGGAAUUGUUCGAGUGCGUGCUCUUCACAGCCAGUCUUGCCAAGUACGCUGACCCCGUGGCUGACCUGCUGGACCAGUGGGGUGUAUUUCGGGCUCGGCUCUUCCGCGAAUCCUGCGUGUUCCACAGAGGAAACUACGUCAAAGACCUGAGUCGGCUCGGCAGAGAGCUGCACAACGUCAUCAUUGUGGACAACUCACCAGCCUCCUACAUCUUCCACCCCGAGAACGCUGUUCCCGUGCAGUCGUGGUUCGAUGACAUGACCGACACCGAGCUGCUGGACCUGCUUCCGUUCUUCGAAGGACUGAGCAAGGAAGAAGACGUGUACGGAGUUCUGCAGAACCUCAGAGGCAGGUAGCAAGCUGCAUCCUUCCUGCCUUACACGGGCACCGCAGAGGUCGGAGGGCAAAGGGCGUCCCUGCUCUCAUGGACUUCACCUCCCAGCAGCCCACUGCUCACUACACAGGAAGCGCCGACGCCUCCGAACGCCCACUACGGACCUUUUACAGCUCACGAGAGACCCACUUGCUUAAGUGCUUAAUAAUAAACCAAAAAAACGCCAAACCCCUUUUUUUCCCUUAAGGAUAGAAAGAGAAUCCAGAUAUUUGGGUUGAUUCUAUGCAGGCGUUAAAGGACUGUGGGUUUUCUUUCCUCUUCGCUGACCCAACAAAGUGCCUUUUUUGAAUGUCAUUUUUACUGGGAAAACAUUUUUGUACGUGAAAAUAUUUCCAGAGAUUUUCAGAAUUCUACUCUUUAAAAACAGAGACAGGUUGUUAUUUUUUGUUAAAGGCAGUGUUAUCGAAGGCUGGAAGUUCUUUUGUCUUUCCUUUAAUCGCCUCCAUCAGUGUUGUCGGUUUUUUUUGUUUUGCUUUCAGUCGCGCCAUUAUACAAACAUCGACCGUUUAUAGACGUGCGAACGUCUUGUCUCGUUAAAAGCAAAGGAACGAAUUUGCACUCAUUCACCGUACACACUGCUACGGCUCCUUCAGUUCGGUCCGUGAGACGAGGAACAAUCGGAGACGGCAGGAAAACAUUAUUUCACGCCGAGGCUUGUUUUGUUUUUACCGGGUUGUUGGAUUUUAGCUGCGAUGCUACAAAACACGCUGACAAUCGUGUCUGGCUGUUUCAGCACUCGUCCGGUGAACGUCGCGCGCUCGUUAUGGAUCAGCUGACUUUUAGCUUGUGUUUUUACAUUGCGUUUUAAAGCUGGUGUAACGUAGCCACCGUGCACAUCCCCUUACUCCUUUCAUUUUACAUGUGUAUAUAACAAUAAAGAGAGGUCGGGAGAAUCGCAUCCGCGUCGUGACAGGAUGCAACAAAUUGCCAACGUGUCCCUCAGGUGUUUGCUGAUAUUUAGUUUCCCGCCGUCGCAUCAGUCUAUAAUCUAAUCCUUUUAGUCCAAGACGCAGUUCUUUCUAGAACUGGCAUGAAUCUCUUCGUCCCGAAUGAGCUACCGUUUGCUCAGCAGCAUCCCUUUUUUAAAUAAGCGGAAUAAGAUUUUGCGCUCUAUACCUUAUACGUUAUCGGAGCAAACACACCUGCGGUUUAGUUCCAUCAGUUCCUUUGCUUUAUUUUCUAUUUUUCAUCACUUGAGAGUUCAAACUCUUUCUGAGCUGCACCCUGAGCUGCACCCUGCCGCUGCUAUGGCACACCAGACUUCAGUACCUCACACACACACACACACACAUCGCCCCGUCUCACUGCUCUGGUGUGUGUGAGAGAGAGAGAACGACCGAGAGCAUGCACAUGCUCUUAGUGGUGCAGUUUAAGUGAAGGUCCAACCGCUGAUUUGUUUGGAGCAGUGUAGAGGUGCUUCUUGGCUGUGUUUGUGCUUGUGUUGUGUGUGUGUGUGUGUGUGUGUGUGUGUGUGUGUGUGUGUGAAGCCUCUCUCACCAUGGUGCCUAGGAGAGGAGCAGCGGGGUAUCAGAGCUGCCAAACACGCAAUAACACCUCCUGUACUUUUUGUUGUUGUAUUGUUUUUUCUUGUACACACUACACCACGACCUGUUCGCAUUAAUUUCCCAUUUUAUACAAUUACACAAUUUUUAUUUAAAAUAUUUUUUUUGUGCUAAUGCCCCCCCCCCCCCCCCCCACCUCCUUCCUCCUCUGUCUCUGUUUUUCAGUUUGCUAAAUUGUCAGUAUUUCAUUACAAUCAGGCACCUUUUUUAUGACCCUGCUGCUGCUGCUGUUUUUUUUUUUCUUUCAUUCUUUCUUUUUUUUUCAUCUUUCCUGAUUUGAACCCUGUGUGUGGUUUCUGCUUUUCAGAACCAGUGUCAGAUUUAGUUUCCCCUUCACAUAAAACAAGGAGGAGCACUUUCGGUGUCGGUCAACAAUGUUUUAUUAUUAUUGUUGUUCUUUCAGCUUGUUUUGUUUUCUUUUUUCCCCCUCACUAAUAUUUAAUGGCACAACUAGUUAUCGUGUCGAGAUUACGUUUAGACUUGUUAAGCAUUACAUCCACUUGGGGUUCCGUUUUUGUUCGUUUUACGUUUUUUUUCUUUCUUUUUUCUUUUUUUUUUUCUUUUGGAAAGCCAUGUAGACAUUCAGUGCAGCUCUGAAAAUCAGUGACGAGAUUCUGCACAACGCCACGUUUGCAGUCUGUUUCGAGGUGAUGUGAUCCAUGGUUUGUUGCAAAUUUUCUUCCAAACUAUGAUGUUAUAUUAAAGCACCUUUUUAGGAAAAAAAAAA